CUUUUUUUAAUUCUGUCUUUCCCUCCCCCACUACACUAAAGUUUCUGGAUCAAACGCAUUAUCUGAACAGGCUUGAUUGGGUGGAAAGACUUUCACACUCACAAUAAGACCGCUGCUCUUAAUUUGGCAGCCAUUGGGCAAAAACUCCCAGACGCCUCCUCCUCAGUAUUCUGCCGCAGUCUGUGACAAGGUUUACCGAGCUGAACACGAAAGAGACAGUUGCAGACAAAGAGGAAGAAUGACAGACUGGUGUAGUGUGUGUGACAGUGAAAGGUAACGAGUGAUGUUUGUGGUGGGAACUUCCUCUCUUGGCUGUCCUCCCAUGAUACAAUCACUCUUCCCUUAAGUCGCACUAUGUGGUUUGGCAAGCAGGUAUUUUGUCUAAAAACACGUCAAGCAGCUGAGCCUGUGGGAUGAAAGCGCAAAGAAAGCAAAAAAGAGGAAAAAAUAACCAUGCUGAAGAAUGACCAGCUGGUCUAUAUUGGCCUGGAGUUGGUGAUCGCUUGCUUGGCUGUGGCUGGGAACAUCCUGGUCUGCUGGUCUGUCUGCCUCAACUCCAAUCUGCAGAGCAUCACCAACUUCUUUGUGGUGUCACUGGCAGUGGCUGACAUUGCUGUGGGGUUGCUGGCAAUUCCCUUCGCUAUCACUAUAAGUACCGGCUUCUGUGCCAACUUCUUCGGCUGUCUGUUCAUCGCUUGCUUCGUCCUCAUACUCACUCAGAGCUCCAUCUUCAGCCUGCUGGCCAUCGCUGUAGACCGCUACAUUGCAAUCAAGAACCCUCUCAGGUACAAUAGUCUUGUGACAGGGGAGAGGGCAAAGGGCAUCAUCGCAUUGUGCUGGGUUCUCUCAGUAGGUAUCGGCCUGACACCGAUGCUGGGCUGGAACAAAGGUUGGAACACCACCAACACCGCUACCAACAACAGCUGCCCUGAAGGCCUCACAGAGUGUCUGUUUGAAGAAGUGGUUACAAUGGACUACAUGAUAUAUUUCAAUUUCUUUGGUUGUGUGCUGGUGCCCCUGUUGGUCAUGCUGGUUAUCUAUGCUCAUAUCUUCAUGGCCGCACGGCGCCAGCUCAGACUAAUGGGUGUCAAAGUUGCGCACACACCUGCUCCUGGAGAAAUAACAUCAUCGUCGAGCGUAUGUCGUUCAACCCUGCAGAAGGAAGUACAUGCUGCCAAAUCGCUGGCCAUCAUUGUAGGUUUGUUUGCUCUGUGUUGGCUUCCGCUACACAUCAUUAACUGUUUCAACUACCUGUGUCAGGACUGUAAGCGCUCACAUAUCUGGGUGAUGAACAUUGCCAUCAUCCUCUCCCAUGCUAACUCUGUUGUGAAUCCCUUCAUCUACGCUUAUCGCCUUCGGGAGUUUAGACAAACAUUUCGGAGGAUCCUGUAUCAGCACAUCCUAGGGCAGACGGAUGGACACGGGUUUGUGGUUGCGGGCAGUGAUGGCAGAGGUGUUGGGGCCAGCAGUAUCACGCGGACUUCCUCCCGUACCAGUAAAGAGGGUUCAUCAUGUGGCACAGUGGUGAAUAGCUACAUCCUGGACCCCAUUCCUGACCAAACUCCAGCAAUAGCUACUCAUGAAACCUCUUGUCAUUGGACAUCAAAGUUUGAUAGUGAACCAAGCAGCUACAUACCCAACGGACAUCAAAUAAAGUGUAGCACCCUUUCAGUAAUGCAACAGCAGCCAUGCACCAUGGGGUUUGCUGCUCAGGAUGGAGUAGAGUCGGUCACAUAUCUGAGGGGAACAGAUGUUUUGGAGGUGAACGACAGUGGAAGUUGCAUUGCUUUUGUCAAUGUUCAGGCUCUUUCCCUAAAACAGACUGAGUGUGUCCACUCUACAGAUCUUACAGAAAUCUCAUAACAAAGAUAUGAAAGAUAUGUAGGUAUUUUAAAUGUUUUAUUACCACACAACAUAUAACAGUGUACAAACAUGACUAUGUUAUUAAUUUGUUUAGAUCUACAAGCACACAACAGAAUUUAUCAGAUGGAUGUUUAAAAUGGGCUGAUACUUACAUUUUCUUGACAUACAGUGCAAUAACAUACACCAUAUUGCCAAAAGUAUUGGGCCACCCCUUCGAAUCAUUGAUUUCAGGUUUUCCAUUCACUUCCAUGGCCACAUGUGUAUCAAAUCAAGCAGCUAGGCAUGCAGACUGCUUCUACAAUGCUGCUUCUACAGCAUGAAAUCACAGAGCGGGGUCAACGCAGGCUGAGGCGCACAAUGCGCAGAAUUCGCCAACUUUCUGCAGAGUCAAUAGCUACAGACCUCCAAACGUCGUGUGGCUCAA